AUGCCGGAGCAGUUCCGUGACAUUCAGAGCACACAGGCUUUCCGGACCCUGCUCUGCGGAGACAUCCUGAGCAGAGCAGCUGGAGAGAGGGAUCCCGAUGCCAUCGCCCCUCCCCUGGCUGAACCCACAACCCGGGAGGAAAUGGGGUCGGACUUUAACAGCAGCCGCGCCGUGGAGGUGUAUAGCCAACUGAAAGGGGCGGAGACAGGGGACUACGAACUGUUCAAAAAUGCCCUGCUCCGCGAGUUUGGGCUGACCCCUGAGAUCUAUCGGAAAAGGUUCCGGAGUCAGUGUAAAACCCGUGAGGUCACAUACCUACAACUGGCCAACCGGACGCAGGGGUAUGCCCGCAAGUGGACAGCUGGGGCCCAAACUAAAGAAGACCUGCUUGACCUAUUCGUACUGGAGCACGUGUAUGAGCAGUGCCCAUCCGACCUGAGGGUGGACGUGGGGCGGUCCCUGCGGAGCGAGUGCCUUGUUUGCCUGGAGGUGGAUGGGAGGAAGGUCAAUGGAUACUGGGACACGGGCGCUGAGGUGAUGCCGGCCCAGCCUGAGGUGGUAGCUCCAGAUCAGGUGGUGCCCAACACAUAUCUAACCCUGACGGGGGUGGGUGGGACUCCAUUCAAGGUGCCUGUGCUGGUCCCUGAACUGGGCAGCUCCCAUGUGGGGCUGGGAGGCUUCUGGCUGGCCGGGCGGAGCCGGGAGUCGGGACAGGGGUCCCUCCCCAAACCCUCCAUCUCCGUCAGUCCCGGUGGGGUGAUCCCCAUGGGGGGAAAUGUCACCAUCCGGUGUCGGCAUCAGCGCCUGGGCCUGAGGUUCCUCCUCUACAAGGAUGAAGAUGGGAACUAUCUGAAUUACACAGACCCUGCUGGCUCUGAGGCUGAAUUUCCCAUCACCAGCGCCAGACGGGAACAGAGCGGAAACUACACCUGUCGUUAUAGCGACAGAACAGGACCAGCUGCCUACUCGGAGCCCAGCGACCCUGUGCAGAUCAUUGUAGCAGAUCCCAGCUUACCCAGACCCUCCAUCUCUCUGAGCCCCACUGGGGUCACCGCCCCAGGGGCAGACGUCACCAUCCGGUGUCAGGGGCAGCGCCGGGACGUGAGGUUCUUCCUGCACAAGGCUGGAGACCUGAACCCGCCGCGACACAUGGACCCUGCUGGGGACGGGGACGAGUUCCGCAUCCCCACCGUGGGCCGGCAGCACGGAGGGAGCUACAGCUGCAGCUACCGGCUCCAAUCAGAGCCCUUCAUCUCCUCAGAGCCCAGCGACCCCGUGCAGCUGGUGGUAGCAGGCGGAUCGGAAUCACCGGCACAUCUGGGUCAGACCAGCCCCAUCAUUGCCGGGGUGAGCGCGGCAGCCGCCAUCCUCCUCCUCCUCCUCCUCCUUCUCGUGGCCUUCGUCUGCUUUAGAAAAACCCGAGCCAACGCCUCCAUGGAUGAAGGGAAAGAGCCGCAGACCCUGCCCCAAGAGCCCGACCCCGGCGCCGACGGACUCACCUACGCCGAACUGGACUGCCAGGUGCUCCAGGCCAAGCGGGGGGGCCCGGCCCCUGAGCCCGCUGAGUCCAGCAUGUACGCCGUGAUCAAUAACUCCCCCGUCCUGUAUUUCUAUUGUACAACCCCCCAGAGCUUCCUUCUCCCCUGCCCCCAGAUCUCUCCACCCCAGGGGACGGCUGUGAUAACAGAGUCUCCAAAUGUCCCCUCGUGGUGGGUUCAGCCGACGAAGGUGAGUGAGAAGUUCAGGCAGCGUCACGAGAACCUGACGAAUGAACCGACUGAUGGGAAGAAGGUUGAGUCAGAUGGACGCGGUUUGUGUCACCCCCCACUUACUGCCUGUUUGUUUGUGAAUCCAGAGGGGUCCUACCCCAAACCCUCCAUCUCUGUCCGCCCUGGUGGGGUGAUCCCCGUGGGAGGAAAUGUCACCAUCCAGGGUGGGCAUCAGUACCUGGGCAUGACGUUCCUCCUCUACAAGGCUGGAGAUGGGAACUAUCUGACUUACACAGACCCUGCUGGCUCUGAGGCUGAAUUUCCCAUCACCAGAGCCAGACGGGAACAUGGUGGCAGCUACACCUGUCGUUAUAGCGACAGAACAGGACCAGCUGCCUACUCGGAGCCCAGUGACCCUGUGCAGAUCAUUCUAGCAGGUGAGGGGCCCAGCCCAGCACCUCGGCUCCUAGCCCCACACCCAGCCAGACCCCCAGGGGUCUCCGGCCAGGAACGCAGCAGCAUGGGGCAGGGACUUGGCUGGGGUCAAAUUUCCCAUCCCCAAAGUGAGCCGGGCAGAUGGAGGCAGCUACACCUGCUAUUAUCCCCCAACUCGGAUCCCGACACCUGGUCAGAGCCCAGUGACCCCGUGCAGCUGGUAGUAGCAGGUGAGGGCUACCCCAAACCUAGCAUCUCUCUGAGACCCAGCGGGGGGCUCUCCCCGGGGGGAGCUGGGACCAUCCAGUGUCGGGGGCAGCGCCUGGGCAUGCGAUUCAUGCUGAAUAAAGAUGGACGCCAUUUCCAAACUGUGGAUUCGGAUGGGUUCGAGGCUGUGUUUACCAUCAGCAACGUGAGCUGGGAGGACGGCGGGUAUUACACCUGCUCCUAUCACAGCAGAUCGGAGCCGUUCGCCGUGUCGUACCCCAGCGACCCCGUGGAGCUGGUGGUGAGAGAUCGCAGCUUACCCAGACCCUCCAUCUCUCUGAGCCCCACUGGGGUCACCGCCCCAGGGGCAGACGUCACCAUCCGGUGUCAGGGGCAGCGCCGGGACGUGAGGUUCUUCCUGCACAAGGUUGGAGACCUGAACCCACAGCAACACGUGGACCCUGCUGGGGACGGGGCCGAGUUCCGCAUCCCCACCGUGGGCCGGCAGCACGGAGGGAGCUACAGCUGCAGCUACCGGCCCCAAUCACAGCCCUUCGUCUCGUCGCAGCCCAGCAACCCCGUGCAGCUGGUGGUAGCAGAUGAGAGGCCCGGCUCCACGUCCCCGCUCCCAGCCGGACCCUCAGAAGGGGGAACCGACCCGACCCAGCCUGGAGCAGCGCCGGCUCCCACCCGCCCGGGCAGUGCGGGGCCAGACGGAUCGGAAUUGCCGGCACCUCCGGGUCUGACCAGCCCCAUCAUCGCCGGGGUGAGCGCGGCAGCCGCCGGCCUCCUCCUCCUCCUCCUUGUGGCUUUUGUCUGCUUCAGAAAAACCCGAGCCAGAAAAGGAGCCGCACCGAGACCGAGCAGCACCAGCCCCUUGCGGGUAUUGAAGACCCCGGCACAGCAAGACCCCAUCUACUCCUCCAUUGAUGAAGGGAAAGAGACGCAGACCCUGCCCCAGGAGCCCGACCCCGGUGCCGAUGGACUCACCUAUGCCGAGCUGGACGGCCGGGCGCUGCACACCAAGCGGGGGGGCCUGGCCCCUGCCCCUGAGACCGCCCAGUCCAGCGUUUAUGCCGCAAUCAAUGUGAGCCGGGGGGCCCCGCAAUGAGAGCCCCGCGCAGCCAUGGGGUACCGCCCUGAGGGGGCGACAGACUCACAGACUUUAAGGCCAGAAGGGUCCAUCGUGAUCAUCUGGUCUGAGCUGCUGCACAUCGCAGGCCACAGAGCCUCACCCACCCACUCCUGUAGCAGACCCCAGCCUCCGCUGAGUCACUGACAGCCUCAAAUCAUGGGUUAAAGACGUCAACUUUCAGAGAAUCCACCACUGACACUACAGUAACUCCGCACUUAACGGUGUAGUUCUGUUCCUGAAAAAUGCGACUUUAUGUGAAACGAUGUUAAGUGAAUCCAAUUUCCCCGUAAGAAUUAAUGUAAAUGGGGUGGUUUAGGUUCCAGGGAAUUUUUUUCCGCCAGACCAAAGACAUUAUAUACAUGUACAGUAUAAGUUUUAAACAAUUCUAAACAAACAGUUGAAUACUGUCCGCAGCAAUGAUGAUUGUGAAGCUUGGUUGAGGUGGUGAAGUCAGAGGGUGGGCUAUUUCCCAGGGAGCCUUGCUGCUAAAUGAUGAACUAGCACUCGGCUGAGCCCUCAACGGAACAUGCUGAUGAGCCCACCCUAUCCAUGGAGUGCACCACUCCCUCCUCCUGACAGCGCAUGCACGGCUACGCAGGUGCUGACUUUCCAAAGUGCAGGGGGCUGCGUGCAUGAGUGAGUGAGAGAGAGAGAGAGAGAGGGGUGCAUUGCCCCUUUAACUAUGCUGACUCCCACUUCAAGAACGUUGCCUGUUUAAGCAGAUCAGCCAGUUCAGACAGGAAAACAACAGCUUCCAGCAAGGCCCCCUUCCCCCGUUCUGUCCCUGAGCCCUGUCCCCUCCUCCGCUUUGUGGAGAGAGGGUACGGGGGGGGGGAGGAACAGGUGCAGGGAGACAUCCUAAGGUUACCAUAUUGCAGUCCUGGAAAAAGAGGACACUCUAAGGGGCCCCGGCCCUGCC